AUGAAAGAACGCAUUGAGAAUUCUGAAUCAGAACAAAACGAUGAAGAAUUCAGUGACUGUUGGAAAUACUUAUUCACUGGAGAUAUUCUGGAUAUCAUUGUAAAAUAUACUAACCAAUAUAUAAAUAUUAUCAAAAAUAAAUAUGGACGCGAACGUGCCGCCAAACUUACUGAUGACAUUGAAAUAAAAGCGUUCAUAGGUAUAUUAUAUUUGGCUGGAGCUUAUAGAGCCCUGGAUUUAGUGGAAGAACUGAAAGAGAUGAAACAUUCCUACGUUGGCACAGUAAAGAAAAACAAAAGAGAGCUGCCACCUGAAUUUGUCACAACGAAAUCUAGGGAAGUGUAUUCAAGUAGCUUUUGGAUUCAAUCGCAAUACUACAUUAGUAUCAUACGUACCAAUGAGGAACAAAACUGUUAUCCUUGUGUCCAGCUUUCAUCACGAUAA